UGUUUUGUAUAAUUUUCUAUUUUGUGUUUGUGCUCACGAAUAAAUUAUUUCUAUUCUAUUCUAAAUAUGUGUACAAAACGCGACAGUUAAAAGUUAUGAAGGUACUGCACUGACACCAAACCGAUAUUUGAAUGAUAUUGGAAUCAUAUCAGUUAGGUUUGAUGUCAGUGCAGAUUUGAAUUGGCCUGUAGGGUGAUUAGGCAAAUAGUACGAGGUUCAGAUUACGCUGGUUAGGUUUGUGAAUGUCCAAAUGUUCAUCCCUCCUCGGGCGGGGGCGGUCUGCCUCAGAUCGCGUUGAGCGCGCGCCCCGGACGCCCGCCAUGUUCUAGUGUGUCAAGUACUGUGAUGCCGAAAAUACUGCUUAUCCUGCUUGCCAUGGUCGUCGUAGCGUCGGCGCUGCCGUCGCCGACGACGGCCGACGACGACGAGGACGAGGACGACACGACGCCGUCGUCGGCGGACGACGGCCGCAUCUACAAGAACCCGCGGAACUCGCCGUCGGCGCAGUGUCCCAGGGACGAGGAACAAGCCACAUUACUGCGUCAAAAAUGUCUACGCAAGUGCUCGUCCGACGAAGACUGCAAGAGCAAGAAGAAGAAAUGCCUGUGCGACGGCGCCUGCGGCAUGUCCUGCAUCAAGCCAGAUCGCGAAUGUCCGGAGCUGGAGCAGCCUGAAAACGGGAAGGUGGCAGUCACCGGCAGGUUCUUCGGUGACAAGGCCGUGUACACCUGCACGCACGGCUUCCACGUGGUUGGGCUGGCGAGCCGCAGCUGCCAGGCCGAUGGUUCCUGGGCUGGCAUGCCGCCCGCCUGCAAAAAGAACAUCUACUGCCUGCAACCCCCCACCAUCGAGCACGCCCGCCACUCCGCACUACCCGAGCAGGCGACCUUCGACCUCGACGCCACGGUGCAAUACCACUGCCACACGGGAUACGUGACCAACGGCUUCCCCAGGGCCAAGUGUCUGGCCAUCGACAACCAGGCGUCGUGGUACGGCCCGGACAUCAGCUGUGAGCCGCGUUCCUGCGGCGAGCCCGGCGACGUCCCCCACGGUUGGGUGACCGCCGACUGCCAUACGUUCGGCUGCCGCGCCGUCGUGCAGUGCGGUCAGGGCUUCGAGCUGGUCGGCAAGGCCGAGCGCUAUUGCCAGGCCGACGGUGCCUGGGCCCCCAAGGAGCUGCCGACCUGCGUCCUGGUCACGCAGGUGCAGUGCCCGCCGCCGGAGGCGCCGCGCCACGGGAAGGCGGUGUAUACUUCGUGCGCCUACAACUCGGUGGUGUCGUACGAGUGCAAGUAUGGAUACAGACUGGUGGGAGAUGCUACAAGGCGCUGCGGGGCUGAUAAGAAGUGGUCGGGGACUCAGCCUUUGUGCAAAGAAAUCAACUGCGGACACCCCGGACAGCUCUGGAACGGUUGGCUCGAGAACAUCUCUUCGGGGACCGGGCUGGGAGCGUCCAUCAUUUUUCGAUGCCAGGAUGGAAUGAAGAUGGAGGGCAACGGGUCUGCCAUCUGCCAGAAUGAUGGGACUUGGAGCCAUCCGUUACCCCAGUGUUUAGCACCCUGCGUAGUGCCCCACGUCUCCCAAGGCCACAUCAGACUAGUAGAAAACAAGACAGGCGAGAACGAAACGCAAGAAGAAAACACCCAGAUUGUCGGCAGUUCAUCCAUGGUGCAACACGGAGAGAUUAUCCUGGUGGAUUGUGAGAAGAACUAUGAGUUCCCGUCGAACAAUGCGGCUGUGACGUGCAAUAAUGGGACUUGGACACAAAUACCUAGAUGUAGUCCUGCGAGAUGCAAGAAAAUGCCCCGCUUCCCUCGCAACGGCAUGGUCAUCGCCCCUAAAACAGAACACGGCAUGAAGGCCCGGUACCGCUGCAAGGACGGCUAUGAGCUGAGAGGCAACCCUAUUGUGGUCUGCUCGUUUGGUAACUGGAGUGGGGAGGCUGCUAAAUGUGAAGAAGUGUUCUGCCCUUUUCCGGGCUACAUCGAGAAUGGGAAGGUUUUGCUUGUCGGCAAUAUGGGGCUCUACGAUUACAGACCUUAUGUAAAAAAGGUGGUGAACAACAAACAGAUAAUGUACGAGUGUGACAAGGGCUAUGUACUUUCCGAGGGACCUCCUGGAGCUACGUGCGUUGGAGGUCAUUGGAGUCCUAGGGAACUACCCAAGUGUACUCUAUUUCAGCAUCCCCGUAUAAGAUGGAAUCGCAGACGAAGGUCCAUCCCGGAAGCGGAAAUACGUCAUAGGCGAUCCGCCUUCCUCCGACAUUACUACAACAACAUCCGCCGCCAAACUGAAGCUCCUGACCCAUACGUCGAUGAACUAUACAGUAAAUACAACCAUGAUGACCCAAAACCAACUUUAAGGCACGCCAAUUUCAAAAUCUUGAAGAAAUUUGAUAUUGAAUCCGACGGAGAUGAAAUGGAAACAGAAACUGAACAUGAAGAUGGAGAGAAUUUCCCAACAGCCGUAUACACAGUUUACAAUGUACAUGGUGAACCUAUAGGGCAUAGAAUGUAUUCUUAUCAACCUGUAUAUGAGCCUGAAGAUGAUGAAGUUGUACAAAAAGAAGACAGAUCAGAAUAUGAGGACUCCUCGGAGCUUGAUGAUGAUUUAUCCCAUGUUACGGUGUUGAAAGGUGGCAUGUUCCCUGAUCACCAAAGUGACGGACAUGCAAAGAAGAUUAACAUAUUGAAACAUCAAUAUUUUGAACGAUACGUAGAUAAACGUAGGAAGAGAUUUUUAACGCCUAAAACAAGCGAAGAAAACAGAAAAGUUAUGGAUGUUGAAUUGCAAGGUGCUGAAAGUAAUAUAGUUGAAUUAACAACGAAAAGUAUAGAUAGUUCAACGCAUGCUAGAAUCAAACGAGAUGUAAAUACAGAGGAAGGUGAUACAGAUGUCUGGACUGUCAAUCCAGUUUAUACAGAUAUAGAUAAUAUUAAUGAAAUCAGUAGCCAUCUUCUUAGGGUCCUGCCACUUGAAAUCGAAGAAAUUAAACCUCAAAAUGAGACAAGUAGCGAUAGCAAGGAAAUGGCGGUCAUACCUCUACAAUAUAACAAUACAAAUUCAACGGAAGUAGACAACAUCUUGGACAAGCGGGACAAGAGAACUAGUAGAAAAACUGAUCGAUUAAAUCAGACAACUGCUGCCAUUCCUAAAACAGGACGUGACGGUAAAAGUGGGAGACUGAGACAGCAACAUUCUAACAGUGAAGAGGGAGUAGAACAGACAGAUUCCAAAGAAACCGACGGAGCAAAAUCAGAAGGAAACGGUGAAAAGGGAAAAAAAGGACGACCGAAGAGUCCGUGUGAACCUAUUGAAAGUGAACCUUAUGUGAAUAUUGAAAUUGUCAAAUUAGGACGGGAUCCUAAUAACACUUUCAGCUCAGGAACAAUUGUGAGAGUAGCCUGUGGCAAAGGCUACGGACUGAACUUGGAUCUCAACACGACAGCCAAAUGCGUUAGAGGGAGAUGGAAGCCAGACAAGCCGAAAUGCGAAAUCCUUCCCUGUCACGUGCCUUCGACGGAGUACGGCAUAUACACCAUGUCACCGGACGCCAGCCACACGAACGUGGGUCCGAUACUGGGGACCCCUGGUACGGGUCAUGCUGAGGAGAGAGAACUGAACGAGACAGAUCCUGUCCCUAAUGGACAGGUUGUGCAUUUCUCCUGCGAAUAUGGAUACAAUGUCCAAGGGCCCACAAACCUCCGCUGCUGGUUGGGAGAAUGGGCUGUUACCAGUAUGCCUGAAUGUGUUCCAGCACCAUGCGAACUACCCCAACUAAACGGGGCCACAUACGAGGCAGGCUACCGAGCAGGCUUAACCGUAGCUCACGCCUCUUCUGUCAACAUAGCCUGCGAAGCUGGCAGAUCGCCGCCGGCCACGCUCAACUGUCAUUUAGGACGGUUGCAGCCGACUGUGCAUGAUUUCUGCAGGCCUCUAGCCAACUUAUCAAGACCACGUCCAACGUCAGGAUUCCAGAGCGGAUCAGACAUAGUCAGAGAAGACGUGUCCGACCUCGAACCAGACUUGGAAGGGAAAGCGGUUGCAGAAUGUGGUCCACCGGCUAGGGUCCAAGGGACUCUGAUAUACCGCGAUGGAGCUGAAGUGAACGGGACUCAGAUCACGGAGGGCUAUCCUCACGGAACGGAGAUCACCUUCAAAUGCAUAGCGUCCAUCAUGGGGGAGAAGACCACGUGGAAAUUGAUCUGUGAACACGGACAUUGGGUUGGGAAAAGCUUUAAUUGUGAAGAGAUCGAAGCUCAAAACGAGGAGCUUCUGAACAACAACAGCUGUACUUAUCAUAAUGAGGAGCCACAUGUGGUGUCCUUCUUCAAUGACCUAGAAAUUACAGAAACAGUUGACUUCCCUGCCGGAUCUGUUAUAGUCUCAAGAUGUAGUGACAUAGGCAAGUAUGCCAUGACAGGAUCUCAGACAAGAAAAUGCCUGGGCAGUACUUGGGAUGGCACCAAACCUACUUGCUUCGGGCUAAACCAAGAAAACGACUAUGCCAUGGAGAAGCCCCCAACGAUCCUGUUCCGCUACUCUGGCGGCCCCAUCGCGCAGACCAACGACGGAAAACUGCUGGUCUACCCUGGGGUGUCACUCCAUAUGGAGUGUCUUUGGAUGAGGAGAUUCGGGAACCCGAAGUGGAACAUCACUCUUAAUAAUCCUGAAUCCGAGCGCAAGUACACAGAAGGAUGGACAACAGACCCUGGGCGAGACAGCCAGCUGGAGUACCGGCUGAGCAUCAUCAGCGCGGAGAAGGAGGAUUCAGGAGUGUACCGGUGUGAGACGCCAGCUAGGCAGAUGCACCAAGUGGAGAUUAUUGUUGAAGACGUCCACUGCCCGCCUUUACCCAUCCGUCGCGGUCUCGUCGCCAGCGGACAAGGCACACGUCUCGGCACUGAGAUCCGCUUCCACUGUGCUAACGGUAACGCCUUACUGGGCGCUUCGAGUCUCGUGUGCCGAGCUUCGGGCAACUGGAGCGCUCCGCUGCCAGUCUGCGAAAGUGUCGAAUGCGGUGAAGUAGUCCACGACACGGCCCUACAAGAAGGCGAGCGGCGGCCGCGCGUCGCCGUGGUGUCCCGCGGCGUCGGGGGCCGCGCGGCCUUCUCGUGCCCCGCCGGCUGGGCGCUCAGCGGGGCCUCGGAGACCGUCUGCCUGCCUGCGGCUGAUUGGGCCAGGCCUUUCCCAGUCUGUAGAGAGGUAUCCUGCCCAUCUUUACCCCCACCAGCGUCAGGCUACGUCCUCGGCCGCGCCCCCUACCGGGCAGGCGACGUAUUACAAUUCCAUUGCAACCCUGAGCACACGCUGCAUGGGAGACCGAUACUCGUCUGCCAGGAUAGUGGAAGAUGGAGUGAUAAACCACCAACAUGUGCCCAAGCCUGCACGUACCCCGGCACCACAAUAUCGGGUCGAAUGUCGUCCGUCAAGUUCUACUACAAAAUCGGAGAAACAGUCAGCUUCACCUGCGAACCGGGAUACAGGCUAAAAGGCGCACCUAUGUUGAGGUGCCUCAAGAACAGGAAAUGGUCCAACGCCAUCCCCCUCUGCGCGCCAGCCUCCAACUACACAGACUCGCCCGUGCUCACCGGCGACAUCGACGCCAUGUUGUCAGACUCAGCGGACAUUUUGAAAACACGCGCUACGCCCGCCAUCUUGUCACCAGAGAGCUACAAGGCCGCUAUGACGAGAGUCGCUGCGACGAGAUUGCUUAGACGGGCACCGAUAGAGAUUUAUAAGAAUAGAGUUAGCAGGGUCAACAGCUUGAUAAGAAGGGAUACGUUGAGAUAAUCUGGAACUCUUUAUUUUUCGUUUAUAAGAAUGCCAAAUUCUAAAAAUUAUGUGACUAAAACAACAACUUUGAAAAAUAUGAUGUUAGAAAUGGCAGAUUAGGAAAUUCUAACACUAAAAUGACGCAUUCUAAUACUUUUAGUAUUCAAAGUUACCAAAAUAACAAUCUAAAACACCCAAAAAAACCUAAAACUAAAACUUUUUUUUAAACCACACAACCAAACUCAUUACUGGACACAGACUCCAUGUUAUGCUCGGCGGCCAUCUUGUCGCCCUAGAGCUACUGCUAAAGGAAGGACGCUAAGUAGGAAGAAUUUCGUACAUUGACCCACUAUUUUCUAUCUCUAUCAUACGUGCAUAAGUAUAUUACUGUCCCGUUCGCACAGUGGCAUUGACCGCCGGCAUCAUGGGCAAGACAACAAUAUAAUUACGCACGAGCGAUAGAGAUGGAAAAUAGUGGGUCAAUAUACGAAAUUCUGCGUGCUUAGCGUCCUUACUUCAGGUUGGUAAGACAGGCGUCCAUUAAGUUACGGAAUGACAGCUCAGAUAAUCUGAUUAGAUUAAUUUUACGUAAUUUACUAGACAAAAUAAAUAUAUUGUUUGACUUAUCAAAUCGCGGCUACCAUGGAAAAUGUGUCACUUUUAAAAAAAAUUGACAACGCAACGGCUCAUAAGAAAAUGGAAUUGUUUUUUAACGUUAUAUAUAAUUGCGUUAAAUCUGAACUGAACAGAACUGCACGGCUACCAUGAGUUGGCAUUUGAAGUUGACGCUAGCGACUGCGUGAACUCGAUCGCACCAAUACAUCAGUGCGAGCCAGAUGGACUGCGAUCGAGCCGCAGUCCCUAGCGUAAACGUCAAGUGUCAACACAUGGUAGCCGUACUGGAACCGCGGAAUUGUUGUACCAAAAAUAUUAAAUUAAACCUACGCCUUUAGACAUAGUUUAAAUUUGUUUUUUCUAAUGUAGGGCUUAGCCGUAUAUGUUACCUAACGCAACCAAAACACAACACAACUAAAAGUGGCGUACUAGAAGAGAGGUCUAUGCUCAGUAGUGGGUGAUAAACGGCUGAUCUGAUGAACACAACCAUAGUCAUUAAAGAAAGGACGCUUACCACCAGGAAUUUCGUACAGUGACCUGCCAAUUUCUAUCUCUAUUGCUCACGCAUAAUUAUAUAACUGUCCUGCUCACAGUGACGCUGACAG